UAGUGAUUCUAUCUGCUAAUUAGUCCGGAUUAUGAUAAAAAUCUUAAUUAUUAUCUCUCUAUCUUUAAUUAUUUGUCACAGUUUUAUGUUAUCUUGAUCUGCUGUAUAUAUACACAUAUUCAUUGGUUCAUAACUUCUUGCUUUUACAAUCACAUUGAUCUCACAGUACACAUCACUCUUUUAGAAAAGAAAGACAAGAAGGAGCAAUCAUGUGGAAGGUAGCAAAUGCAUCGGAAUGUCUGGUGAUCACCGGAAUCGGAAUUGACGACAUCAAGUUGGCCAAGAAAGCAUUCAUUUACCCUGGCCAAUCAUGUACCGUCGUCGACCUCUCUCCGGUGAACUACACAUUCGAGGUCCAAGCCAUGAGUGCUGAGAAGCUCCCAUUCGUCCUCCCUGCUGUCUUCACUAUCGGCCCUCGUGUCGACGACAACGAAAGCCUCCUUAAGUACGCCAAGCUCAUCUCCAAACAUGACAAGCUCUCUAACCACGUGAAAGAGCUUGUCCAGGGGAUCAUCGAGGGUGAGACGCGUGUUCUCGCUGCCUCGAUGACCAUGGAGGAGGUUUUCAAAGGCACAAAAGAAUUCAAGCAUGAAGUGUUUGGGAAGGUUCAGCUUGAGCUUAACCAAUUCGGCCUCCUCAUCUACAACGCCAACGUCAAGCAGCUUGUUGAUGUUCCUGGCCAUGAGUAUUUCUCUUACUUGGGGCAGAAGACUCAGAUGGAGGCUGCAAAUCAAGCCAAGGUGGAUGUGGCUGAGGCAAGGAUGAAAGGGGAGGUUGGGGCGAAGUUGAGGGAUGGGAAAACGCUUCAGAACGCAGCGCAGAUUGACGCAGAGACGAAGAUCAUAGCCACGCAGAGGCAAGGGGAUGCGAAGAAGGAGGAGAUAAAGGUGAGGACGGAGGUGAAGGUGUUUGAGAAUCAAAAGGAGGCUGAUGUUGCAGAGGCUAACUCUGAGCUUGCUAAGAAGAAGGCUGUGUGGGCUCAGGCAGCGCAGGUGGCGGAGGUAGAGGCCGCAAAGGCGGUGGCGCUCAGGGAGGCAGAGUUGCAAGGGGAGGUGGAGAGGAUGAAUGCUGUCACGAGGACUGAGAAGCUUAAGGCUGAUUUCCUCACCAAGGCAAGCGUGGAGUAUGAAACCAAGGUACAAGAGGCAAACUGGGAUCUGUACAAGAAGCAAAAAGCAGCUGAAGCAAUUCUCUUUCAGAAGGAGAAAGAGGCAGAAGCACAGAAAACAUUAGCAGAAGCAGCAUUUUAUAGUCGCCAGCAAGCAGCAGAAGCAGAGCUAGUCUCAAAGAAAAAAGAGGCAGAGGGUCUUAUAGCACUUGGUCAAGCACAAGGAGCAUAUUUGAAGUCACUUAUGGGUGCACUUGGCAACAACUAUGCACAGCUAAGGGACUACUUGAUGAUUAAUGGUGGCAUGUAUCAAGAGCUUGCAAAGAUCAAUGCUGAUGGAAUUCGUGGGCUUCAACCUAAGAUUAGUAUUUGGAAUAAUGGUAAUGGUGGUGCUGAAGGAACUGAUGGAAGUGGUGCCAAUGGUAUGAAAGAUGUUGCUAGUGUCUACAAGAUGUUGCCACCUCUGUUCAACACAGUUCAUGAGCAAACUGGUAUGCUGCCACCAGCUUGGAUGGGAACCAUCCCUGACAAAACUUCUUAGUCUCUUAAGUCUUAAUUAUACUACCAAAUCACAUAAUAUAUAUGAAUGUGAUUAUCAAGUACUCGUCUUUUUAUUUGGUUUGUUGGAUUUCAUAAAGUAAAUACACUUUCAAGUACCUUAUAUAUAAAGUACCUUUUAAUGUUUUCAA